UUACUCAGCCCCACCCAAAGACGCAUUACUAGGCAAGUUCAGCAUGCAACGACCUAAGUCUUCAAGAACCGGACCCGAUCUGCUGACCUCGCAGUUUGCAAAGUCAGCAAGAGCUGGGUAUAUACCACUUGCAAAGAGAUGCCUAGCCAAUGGAGCUCAUGUUGAUGCCUGCAUUGAUGUUAAAUAUCGCGAUACAGCUUUACACAGGGCUGUGAUGAAUGACCACUUUCCUAUGACAAAGUUACUCUUGGAAGCCGGUGCCAAUCCAAACACCAGUGACAAGGAUAUGGAAAGACCAUUGCACUGGGCGGCACAGAGGGGAAAUAUACACAUUGCCAGACUGCUGCAUCAAUUCGGUGCAGAGCUAAAUGCAAUGAAUAAAUAUGGAUGGACUCCACUGCAUAAAGCUGCCCUUCAUGGUAAAACAAGAAUGACAAAGUUAUUGCUGGAGGAAUUAAAUGUCGACAGCAAUGCAAGAGACAGGUGGGGGGACACAGCGUUGCACAAAGCUUGUCACAUGGGACAUCCUGAAGUUGUCCAAUACCUAAUAAUGAACGGCCUUAUACCAACGACUUGUACAAACAGACGCAAGAAUACAGCAGAUCUGGAAAUACCCUUCAACAAUCCUAACAGAGACAUAAUACUACACAUGUUUCAAAACCUUGGAUUUGUCAGAAUGCAAUCAAUGCACAUUGAUAUUGAAGGAGACAUAUUUGAGAAUCAAGGCAACUCUUAUGUUCAAGAAAUUGAAUCAGAAGAGCAAGAGGAAAGUGAGAGUGAAGAGGACCAGGUACCAAGAGAAGAUUUCGAUUUCGAAGAAGAUCCAAAAACCGAAACUAGAUCAAAAUGCUGCAAAUGUAAUGUACUAUAACAAAAUUGAAAUUACUAAUUGUGUAAAUAAGUUCAUUAAUUGAAACUAA